CCCUAAUACUUCUCGGUAUUUUCUCUAUUUUGUCGAGCUGACCAAGAUCAUGCGUCAAGCAGUUGAUUCCUUGUACAGUCCAGAAUUCGCGAGACGUCCUUGGCUUACUAUCUAUGCGGCCAUGAUAGACCUGGUGCACGAAACAGACGACUGGCUUUCCAGUCUAGCUGAAGCCUUUAGCUUCAAGGAUCAUCAAGGAUCAGGCCAUUUUAACAGGCGGAGGUGGAGCCUUGCCGUCAGACUUCAUAGUGUGAGGAUCACAAUAUGUCGUCCCUCCCUUUGUCGGUCGGGAAGGCACAGACAAGGCACCGAGCCUUCCAAGGAUCUCCAACAAACUGCAGAUAUAUGUAUUGAUUCAGCUUGCCAGAUUCUGGACCUCCUGCCUGAUAACCCUGACGGUAUCUGGUUGGCCCAGGUGUCUCCAUGGUGGUGUGUCCUACACUACCUCAUGCAGUCAGCAACCAUACUGCUGAUAGAGCUGGGCUAUUGUAUCCGAACCGGUGCCGGCCAGGCCGCUUUUAUCGAAUCACGCAUUGGAAAAGCACUAGACUGGCUUUCCGCUCUGGCGGCUGAUGAUCUCGCUGCUGAACGUGCUUUCAAAGUCUGCGAUAAUCUUCAUCGUCGGCUCUUUCUCCGCUCUAUGAUCGAACAGGACAGAGUUCCUAGGUUCUCUGCGGCGCUGUCAACCAAACUUGUCCCUUCUGCCGAUGUCCCAGGUUUAGUCUCCCAGGCUGAGCACAGUUCUACCCGUGUUUCCGUUGUGCCGCACGGAACGGGGAGUCGGCAUUUAUGGACUCAGAAAUGAGGAACGAGACAAUGUUUCAUCCAGCUCUCCAGACAGCAUACGACGAAUUCAUGCACUACUAUUUGGACAAGGCAUGGGACUGAUCAUAUAAAUCAGCCAUGAUCAAGUAGCAUGCAGAUCCAGAAGACUUUGGACAGUAUAAUAGUGAAAUAAGCCAUAUUAAUAGAUAUACUUACCACUUACUGCUGUGGCUAAUAUUGUUAAUGAUGGUGUUGUUGGUAGGAUGGGAUGGCAUGACGCGUCUUACCGUUGUACAAAAAGGCAAACAUGACAAAGACAGCAAAUAAAUA